AUGGGAGAGUUUGCCGCCGUCUUGAACGGGGUGGAGUUCCGGACCAGGCAUAACGAUUACAAGUUCGUCAUGCCAUGCCGGAGAAGCAAAGAUUUUCACUGCACAGAGGAUAUCCCUUUCCCUGAUGUGCCACCAGAGGUAAAGAAUAAAGCCACGGUGCAGGAACAGAUAGCGGAGAUGAAGGAGUGGUUCAAAGCCUGGAAAAAUCAAGACAAAUCUCACAGAGAUUACACUAAAUACUUCAAAGCCAACCUUUGUUACUUAGAAGGAGCCUGGAUGAAAAGCUCAGCACCUUUAGAAGAAUCCUUCGACAGUGACCGCCACUUUUUGGACGCCACGGACUGGUUUGACCUGCACGAGAAGGCUCGCUUCAGCGCGUACUCUGGUCGCAAGGACAACCUUGAGAACUUUGCCUAUCUUCCCGUCACCAUUUCCGGUCUCAUCAACGGCACGAUUCCCGAGCUUGCGCAGUGGAAUUACCGGAUAUUAUGUCAUCCUCUGAAGAAGGACAUACCGUUCAGCCACUUCCGGACCGUGGACGACCUUCAUUCCAGAAUGGCCUACAAAUCCAGCAUGGCGCUACAAACCGGAUCACAAAGAGCGAGGUUCCAACUAAACCCUGACAACCGCGGGUACUGGAGUGAAGAGAAGGCGUAUCAGCGUAGUUUUCUGGACGAGCUGAUGGAGCAGAUCCCAGGCAAGGACAAUUAUCCAGCUAAUAUAACAGACGACAUGUUUGGUUACACGGCCUUCGCCUUGGACCCAGACGAAGACGGCAACGACCGCGUGCUGAAUGCCGGUUACUACCAUCGUUGGUUUAAAGUCGCUAAAAGGGUGUGUUAA